AUGUCACGCAAGCCUGCCGAUGUGGCGGCCAAGGAACGCAACGAGUACAUUCCAUCUUUCAUCUCGAAGAAACCGUUUUAUGUCGACGAUGAGGCUGGAAAUGACUAUUUGGAGCAUCAGCGUCUGCAAAAGACAGGAGCCGACCAGUCCAAAUGGUACGAUCGAGGAAAGCGUACCGGCCCUGCUGCCACUAAAUACCGAAAAGGCGCAUGCGAAAAUUGCGGCGCAAUGACACACAAAUCCAAAGACUGUCUCAGUCGACCGCGAAAGCAAGGCGCCCGCUGGACGGGCAAAGAUAUUCAGGCAGACGAGCUCGUUCAGGAUGUCAAUAUGGGCUGGGACGCGAAGAGAGACCGAUGGAACGGAUACGACGCCAGCGAAUAUCAAAAUGUUGUGAAUGAGUACGAAGAGAUGGAAGCCAUGAAGAAAUCGGCCAAAGAAGGAGCCGAUCUCAAGAAGCUUAUGGAGGAUGACGGAGACGAUGCCGAUGAAGAUAUUCGCUACGCCGAGGAAUCGGAUAUGGGCCGACAACAAAGCACAGCUACCCGCAACCUACGUAUUCGCGAAGACACCGCCAAAUACCUUUUGAACCUCGAUCUAGAUUCCGCCAAGUACGACCCAAAGACUCGCCGAAUGGUAGACAUGGGUGCGCAAGAAGAUCAAGCCUCGGCGCUGGUUGCGGAGGAAAACUUUAUCCGUGCUUCUGGCGAUGCUGCCGAGUUUGAGAAGGCCCAGAAAUAUGCGUGGGAGUCGCAGGAGAAGGGCAAUGUCCCGAUCCAUCUUCAAGCCAACCCUACAUCAGGAGAGGUGCUUCGGAGGAAAGAGAAGGAGGAAUCGGAGAGCAAACGCCAGGCCUCGCGGAAGGCGCUAUUGGAGAAGUAUGGAGGCAGCGAGCAUCUCCAACAAACCCCGUUGCGUGAUACCAUGGUGGUUGAGAACGAGCGAUUUGUGGAGUACGAUGAAUCGGGUGCGAUCAAGGGCGCCCCAAGGAAAGCUACCAAAUCGAAAUAUCCCGAAGAUGUCAAGAUCAACAAUCACACCUCCACUUUUGGCAGCUGGUGGUAUGAAUUCAAAUGGGGUUAUGCAUGCUGUUUCUCUACUGUCAAGAACAGUUACUGCACUGGCGAUGAUGGGCGGAAGGCCUUCGAAGAGGAGGGCAACAUGCUCAUGCUCCCUGAGGAAAACCACAACGAAGACGAGUCUGCUGAGGGCCCUGAUCACUCUCGCAAUGUUGAGCCUGUUGCCGAUCGUCAAAAAGAUGAUGCGGCAGCGAAUGUGAAGAAGCGGACAUUGGAGGAAAUGAAAACCGGAAUCACUGAAGAAGAGCUGGAGUCUUACAAGCGCAGCCGACUGGCCGCCCAGGACCCUAUGGCGAACUAUGUCGACAAUGAGUGA